AUGAGCAAUUCUUAUCAGGCCCCACCGGCCCAUUUGAACCAACGACCACAGGUCCACAACCAGCAGAAUGUAAUGCAACAAGGCGUUUGGCCGUAAGUUUUUUAUUGUUUUUGAUUGGUUUUUAGAUUUGAAGCGAGGGGAAAUGGGUUUCAAAUAGAGACUGUGUUAAUGCAGUUGGCUUAUAGGGUUAAUAUAGUUAGAUUAAAGUUGUAAUCGUAUUGAAAAUGGCGAGAAAUGAAGAAAGAUAUAGGUAUAGAGGGUUAAGAUGCUGUGAAAGUUUGAAAAAUAGAUUUAAAAGCUAAUACAACUGGUACACCUCGUUGAAGAAGGUUCUAGGUAGAGCGUAGAAGGCCUUGCAAGACAUCUUAAGUUAGAAUGUUGAUGUAGACAUUAAAAAAAAGGCAGAUGUUCUGAUGAUUUAGCUAAAAAGCUACUUUUUUUCUAAUUUUAGUUUAAAAACUUGGUCUCACAGUUUAUUUUUUGAGAGACAAAGGUAUGAAAAUGUAAAAAUCUAUCUUUACAUAUUGUUUUUGCUUCUAAUUCUUAUGUCUCUGUUUUUAAAACUUAUGAUUUUUAAUGUUUAAAGUCAGAAAACACUAAUUUUAAAGCAAAAACAAGUUAUUGUCAGCUUGUAGAAGUGUUUAUUACCUUUAAUUUUACAAUUUGCACUAAAGUUCAACGCGUAUUAUGUAGUUGAUUAUUAGAACACGUUGGUUAACACGUGAGAUUGCUCAAGCUGAUAACAGUUAUUUUUACAAAACAAAUACGAACCUUAAUUACUAGAAGAUAACUAUGUUUUCGGUGGAGUAAUAAUUGGCUUUGUAUUAAAACAUGUGCUUUUUUGGUCAAAAAAGGGACUUUUUCCUGUAGAUAACGUUGUAAAGUUUUUCUUGGAUAUUCUGAGGUCGUCCCAGCGAUUUUUUUGGCGUUUUAGAGCAAUUUUUAACGUUUGAAGUCAAUUUUAUGACUUUCUAAAGCUAUUUCGUAUGUUUAGCAACAAUUUUAGAACGUUUUAUACCAUUCCAAACGUUCCAAAACAAUCCGAACGUUCCAAAGCAACUUUCGAACGCCCCAACCCCAAACUUUUGCAUCACCACGAUUGAUUUAUGUUGUUUUUCGCUGCAGUCUCACCUUGUUUUGGGCUAGCAAAAUAUUGUUUUGGGCAGUGCUUCUCUUUGUUUUUGCGAAAAAACGAAACCCCGUCUCAACGUUCUUCGUUUGCUGUUCUUUUUUUGCAGUCAGUGGCAUUACGAAACCGCUUAUCAGUUUAAUGUCAUUUCGUUACCCAAAAUUUUUGGUGAUUGGUCGAGAUUCGAAGUGAUUUUUGUUGAAGUGUGUGAUGAGUUCGCCGACUGACAAGGAGAAAAAGUAAUGUGGAUUUGGAGGGUUUUAGGGUAGUGUAAUGUGUUAGGUUGUAUAUUGUAGUAGGACUGUGGUUUUGAAGGGUUUUUGUUGAGAGCAAUGAAUGAAAUAAGUAUAGAUGAGGGAAAAAAUUCUAAGCAGACAAUUUUUAAUACAAAAAUCGACCUUUUUUGCCAUUUCACCCUAAAAUAACAUUGCCUUUUCAGACAACACAAUCCGGCUCUGUAUGUCGGCCAAGAAACCAUGGUCGCUCAGCACGACACCCCCAACGGUACCUACAUCGAGCUACAACAAAACUAUCAAGGCAACCAGAACUACUAUUCCACCGCCCAAUACCCCUACUACGACAACCGAAUGUACGGCUAUCAACAGCACUACGGCAAUAUUUACCCACCGCAAGUGCCCCUUCACAAUCACGUACCUGCCCAGCCGGCGCCUCAGGUGCCAAGAGAGGUGAAGAAGAAAAAGAUUUUGGAGAUUAUCAACCCAGAAACUAAGGAUGUUAUCAACAAGGACUUUGUCAAGAAUGAGGAAAAAUGUAAGGAGUUUUAUUGGUUUUUGUGAUUUUAGGUAAUGAAGAAAGAGUUCUAGGCAAAAAGAGUGAUAAAAGGCUAGUCUAGGCGUAUUUUUAUUCACUUUUAGGCAUUUGAAGGUACUUUUAGAGACAAAUUUUGGUAAAAGAGGUUGUUUUAGACUAGGUUUUGUUAAUUUUUAGGUAUCAAUUGAGAAUUUCAGUGCUAAUUUAAAUAAAAAAGACUUAUCUAUUAAAACCUCAUUUUCAGCAGCUUCCCCAGCUCCCCCAUCCACCUCAGUUCCACCACCGCUAACCGCCGAACAGCAGCAGGAGAAGAAGAACGAAAUGGCAAUCAAGUUCAGUCAAGGCGUCAUGAAUCGUGCCCUGAAUGGAGAUCAAACCAAAAUCGCGGCAGCUCAACAACAGAAAAGGCCGUCUCCUCAACCAAGCCCAGCCACAAAGCCAUUCGUCAAAGAAGAGAAGAAGGAGGAACCAGUACCUAAAGAGCCAACUCCACCCAAAGAACCAACUCCAGAAGCCGAAAAGGAACCCACGCCUGAAGCCGAGCCAAAAGCUUUGGAGGAGGAGAACAAGGAUGAGUUUGAGGAAGAGAAGAAGGACGUCUACAGGCCGCCUGGAAGAAGGGACACCUCGGAAACGGUAAGGAAAAUGUUGUUUUAUGGCUGGAAAGGGAAAAAAUUUAAAAAAUUGAAAAAAAUGUUGUUUUUGAUGCAAAAAGAAUGGCGCGAAUUGUUCUUCAUACGGAAAUAUUGGCGCGAAGUUUUUCUAAUGCAAAAGGAAUGGCGUGGACUAUUUUUAGACGAAAAAUUUACAAAUUUGAAAAAAAAAUUAUUUUGAUGCAAAAAUAAUGACAUUUUUUUCAAAAUUUUUGUUGAUUUGUAUGUUAUAAAAGCCAUUUUAAACUAUUUGUACUAUGAUUAGCCGCAAAACGACUAAAAACUUUUAAAUUUCAUAUUUCAGGCUCUAAACGGAACGGAGCCAGAAUCCAAUGGAACGGAAGAGAAAUCAGAAUCUCGUGCCGAAUCUCCGGACAAGGAAGCAGAGAAGAACGAAAAGUUGCUCAAGUUGCAGGCUCAAGGCGACGAACUGUUCAAGGUUGAGGCGGAGAACAUUGAAAACAAGUCCUACAGCAGCGAGUUGAUCUACUACGUGAGAGAGGUGGUGAAUGUAAGUUGGCUUUUAUUAGUUUUUUUAUAUUGUUAGGAUUUUUGGGUACUCCGAGGCUAUUUUUGAGGUGUUUUUGUGGUUUAAUGCCACUUUUUUUAGAAGUUUUUACUAUAAAAAAGGUUUGUCGUUCACUUACGUGUCUUUACACGACAAAAAACGACAAAAGUUUUCAUAAUUUUCAUAUUUAUAAAAACGAUUUUUAGCUUUACAAAAAGACCCCAUGCCCAUUGUCGGAGGCGGAGCUGAAGGACCUGGACCUCUUCCAGUCUGAAGGCAUGCCAAUCAUCUACCCCAACAGAUCCAAGUUCAGCGGAGGCGGUGGCAACGCCAACGUCUUCAACUUUAACCCACAAUGGAACUCGGGCGCCUCUAAACGACCACCCUACUCCGGCCGCCACUCGGAGAACAACCGAAACGCCCGCAAAAAGGGCGGAGUCACGGGCCGCGCCAGCCUCGACAGAAACCGCAACCCCCCACCACAGCCGUUGGACACGUUGAGGAAGGCCGAAGUGGCAUGGAAGCCAAAACGCCGUGAAACGACCGUGGCGGACGACGAAGAAGCCAAGUACGAGAAUGCGCGAAAAGAAAUCCGGUCGAUAUUCAACAAGAUCACCCCCUCAACCUACGACGAUCUGUGCCGCGAGUUCCUGGCUCUUCACGUGGACCUGGACCCACGCCUUCUACAAAUCGCGGUCGAUUUGAUCUUCGACAAGGCCGUCGAAGAACCAAAGUUCUGCUCGCUCUACACCAACAUCUGUAAGGCUCAAAUCAGUGAGAAAUGCAAGUCGACCUCUCCCUUCUUCCGAGUCCUACUCAUGAAGGCACAGUCCACCUUCCAAGGCAACAGUGACAUUGUGAAGCAAAUCGCGGAUGCCAAGAAGGAGCUGGACGAAUUGCCAGAAGAUGCGACUCAAAAGAAGCGCGAGGACCUGAAGGAAGUCCUGGAACUGUUGGAAGCCAAAGAGAAGAGAGUUCUGCUUGGAAACAUCAAGUAAGCAUGGAUAAUAUCGAGGGAUUUGGGUUGGAAAUUUGGGAAAUGAAGUUUUUAGAUAGAAAGGAGGGCAAGAACUUUUUUUACAAGGCCUGAAAUGGAUAAACUUUGUUUAAAAGCCAAAAAAUGGCAAGAACUUUUUUUACAAAACAAAAAAUGGCAAGAACUUUCUUUACAAAACGAAAAAUGAAAAGAACUUUCUUUACAGAUAACGAAAACUUUUGUUUUCAGGUUUAUUUCCCAUUUAUAUGUGGCCAACAUCCUGAAGGCACUUGUUAUCGACUCGUGUAUUGGAGUACUUUAUGAGAGUUAUCAGGUAAGGAAAAUUUAAUUUUUUUUAAGUUGAUGAAUAUGAAUGAAUAAUGAAGUCUUUGUGGCGUAUAUUUACGAAGUUUGUUAUCUAAAUUUUGAUAUUUAAUGAUUUUUUCAGGCCAAAAAAGACGAAAUCUUUGUCCAGUACGGAAUCGAGCUGUUGGAGUUUGUGGCCGGCACCCUGUUCAACGACACCGCCGCCAAUACGGACAACGUGGUCAAGUACAUUGAAUGGCUGCCCACCAUCAAGACGACCGUCUCGAGCAAGAUCAAGUUCAUGAUCAUGAACUUUGAGGACUUUAAACGCGAGGGCUACAAGAAGGAGGAUACGGGUCCGAAGACGAUUGCUCAACUCCGCAAAGACAUCAAGCUGGAAGAGGAGAAGAACAAGAACGAGAGAUUACAGGUAGGGCUUUUGGGUGUUUUAUAAGUUUAAGGGGGUGGGGUGGAUUUGAGACAUGGAAACUCACGGCACAGAUAGAUUUGAGGAGUUCCAGGUCAAAAAAUGAAGUUUUUUGAAUUUUUAGGUAACAAUUUUUUCUUGAUUUUGAUGAAAUUUUGAUGGAUUUAGAAAUUUUUUUGUACUUUAGGUAACAAAACAUAUUUUAUAUAUAAAGUUUUUAAAUUUUCAGUACGAUGCCAUGAAGGAGAAGGAAAAACAACGAAACCAAGGCCAACGUCAAGGCUACGGCGGUCGCGCCUCGAUGGAGAAGCCGCAGGACAAGAAGCGGGCCGCCUUUCUGGCCUCGUCCGGCACGCAGUCCAGCCAAAAGAACACGUCGCUGAAGUCGGUGACGUCAGGCGGACCCAAACUCGGCAAAACCAACACGUCCUUCUUCAAGAGCGCCGCCACCGAUAUUAAGAAGGAAGCGACGCCCCCACAGCCGGCUGUACCCAACGAGGAAGGUUGGACUACUGUCUUAGGCAAGAACGCCGCCACUCCGGCGCCACCUAGCGAGAACUGA